AAACAAAUGGAAAUCAAGAAAAAAAAAAACAAUAUCACCAAGGAGAGAGAGAGGAGACUAUAGGGCGAGAAACAAGGCGCGGAGAGGCCGUCCAAAACCAGCAGAAGAGAGAGAGAGAGAGAGAGAGAGAGAGAAGGGGUUUGUUUGUGCUAUUCUUUUAUCUUCAUCGCCAUCUUCAUUGUCAUAAUCAUCAUUGCCAUUUUCUUGCAUUUCUUUAGUUUCUUUCCCAACAGAAGUCGCGUUCCAGUUCAACUCUCUCCCUUCAUUUUAGGGCAUCUAAUUUACAUUUCCCCAAAAAAUUCGAAUAUCUAAAAAAGCACGGAAAAAAAAAACCAGCUAAACAGCGAAUUAAUUAAGGGGGAAAAAGAAGAACAACCCAACAGCAAAUAGAUCAAAGAUAACGAAGAAAUUAAUUAUCCCAGAUCUUGCCGUUCCGUCUCGAGAACCAGCUUCGAUCGAUCAUUUUUCUGACCUCAGCACGUUCAAUUAUUGUUGUAAUGCGUUUUCUUGAUUGUUCCUUUGCGCUGGGAGGAAUUGGAUUCAUUGUGUAGGUGACCUUCUAGAUUAGAUUAGAAAUCUAGAAGGGUCGGAUCUGGUGCGUGAAAGAGCAAAGCAAGGGGUCGUUGAACGGCGGAUGAGAGAUAGAGGCAGAGAAGGCGCAUCCAGGGACCAACGAUGAAAUGGGUAUCAUUGCUUAAGGACAUAAAAGAGAAGGUCGGGUUAACUCAAUCUCCACCUACUAGUUCAUCAUCCACUGCUGGCUCUUCUUCUUCCUCUGCUCUUCUAUCUAAUCGCGAAUCCAAUGCUUCUCCUACCAGUCUUCAUGACUUCACCUCGCCUUCUGCCAGAGACAGACAUGAAUUGGAAUUGGACUUCAAAAGAUUUUGGGAGGAGUUCCGUUCAUCCAGCUCCGAAAAGGAGAAAGAAGCGGCCUUGAAUUUGACUGUGGAUGCUUUUUGUAGAUUAGUGAAACAGUAUGCUAAUGUAGCCCAAUUAGUUACCAUGUUAGUUGAAACACACAUUUUCUCUUUUGUUGUGGGAAGAGCCUUCGUCACGGACAUUGAGAAGUUAAAGAUCAGCAGCAAAACGAGAUCUUUGGAUGUAGAGAAUUUAUUAAGAUUUUUUUCAGAAGUUGCAAAGGAUGGCAUCAGUCCUGGUUCAAAUUUGUUAUCUGCUAUAGAAGUCCUUGUAUCUGGGCCUAUUGAUAAGCAAUCUCUCCUUGAUUCUGGGAUAUUAUGUUGUCUCAUUCAUAUUUUGAAUGCCCUUCUGAGUCCUGAAGGCAAUCAAAGGCAAAAGGCUAUUAACUCUGAAGUGCCACUGCUACUUGAAAAAGAUCAUGGAGAUGUUGGGCAUGCUCGCAGGCUUGAGGUGGAAGGAAGCAUAGUGCAUGUUAUGAAAGCAUUGGCAAGCCAUCCUUCAGCAGCAGAGAGUUUGGUUGAGGAUGACUCUCUUCAGUUGCUGUUUCAAAUGGUUGCUACCAGCUCUUUAACAAUCUUCUCUGGAUAUAAAGAGGGUAUUGUUCCUCUGCACAACAUACAACUUCAUAGGCAUGCAAUGCAGAUACUUGGUCUUCUUUUGGUGAACGACAAUGGAAGCACAGCUAGAUAUAUACGCAAACAUCAUCUGAUAAGGGUUCUCUUAAUGGCUGUUAAAGAUUUUAACCCCGACUUGGGUGAUUCUGCCUACACUAUGGGCAUUGUGGAUUUGUUGCUUGAAUGUGUGGAAUUGUCAUAUAGACCUGAGGCCGGUGGUGUCAGGCUAAGGGAAGACAUACAUAAUGCCCAUGGUUAUCAGUUCCUUGUUCAGUUUGCAUUGGUUCUGUCCUCCAUGCCACAAAAUCAGGGUUCUCAGUCUAUUUAUUCAAAAAGUUCUGUUGACCAAGAAUAUACUUUAGAUGGUUCUUAUGCCUUGGAUGAAGAGAGAAGGGAUUUGACAAGAAAAGAACCCUCACUACAGCAUUUAUCACCUGCAUUAUCUAGGUUGCUUGAUGUUCUCGUUAAUCUGGCUCAAACUGGUCCAGUUGAACCUUUAGGAUCAUCUGGAGGCAAAGGUUCAAGAGCUUCUCACACCAAGGCUAGUAGCCAUAGUAGAAGUCAUACACCAUCUAUUGAUCGGCUUGCUGAUGAAAAUUGGGAGAAGGACAAUACCCGAGUCAAAGACCUUGAAGCAGUCCAGAUGUUGCAAGACAUUUUUCUGAAGGCAGACAGCAGAGAGUUGCAGGCAGAAGUAUUAAACAGAAUGUUUAAGAUAUUCUCAAGUCAUAUUGAAAACUAUAAAUUGUGUCAGCAAUUACGGACAGUUCCACUUUUUAUUCUAAAUAUGGCUGGUUUCCCUCCUUCUUUGCAAGAGAUAAUCUUGAAAAUUCUUGAAUAUGCUGUGACUGUUGUGAAUUGUAUUCCUGAGCAAGAAUUGCUUGCUCUUUGUUGCUUAUUGCAGCAACCAAUAACAUCAGAAUUGAAGCACACAAUACUCUCUUUCUUUGUAAAACUUUUAUCUUUUGAUCAGCAAUACAAGAAAGUCUUGCGAGAAGUUGGGGUGCUGGAAGUACUGUUAGAUGAUUUGAAGCAGCACAAGUUUCUUUUGGGUCCAGAUCAAGAGAGUGUUAACUCUAACCAGUCCGAAAGAAAUUCAGGCUCAAACAGCUUCAAGAAACACUUAGACAGUAAAGAUGCUAUUAUUUCUUCACCCAGGCUAUUGGAAUCUGGUUCAGGAAAGUUUCCCAUCUUUGAAAUUGAGGAUACGAUAUAUGUUGCAUGGGAUUGCAUGGUCUCUUUAGUGAAGAAAGCUGAAGGCAAUCAGGCAUCAUUUCGUUCAGCUAAUGGUGUGACGAUUGUUCUUCCUUUUUUGGUGUCUAAUGUUCAUCGUCCUGGGGUCCUCCGAAUAUUGUCAUGUUUGAUCACUGAAGAUGUUACACAGGCUCAUCCUGAAGAGUUAGGUGCAGUUGUUGAAGUUCUUAAAAGUGGAAUGGUUACAAGUAGUGCAGGACAUCAAUAUAGGUUUGAAAAUGAUGCAAAAUGUGACACAAUGGGUACUUUGUGGCGCAUAUUGGGAGCUAACAGUUCAGCUCAGAGGGUUUUUGGUGAAGCUACUGGCUUUUCUCUUCUUUUGACCACACUCCACAGUUUCCAAGGUGAUGAAGGAUUGGUGGAUGACUCUUCUUUGGUGGUUCGUAUCAAAGUUUUUACAUACUUAUUGCGCCUCAUGACAGCUGGAGUCUGUGGCAAUGCUAUUAACAGGACAAAAUUGCAUUCUAUUAUAUCAUCCCAAACUUUCUAUGAUCUUCUAGCUGAAUCUGGCUUGCUUUCUGUGGAAUGUGAAAAGCAAGUCAUACAGUUGUUGUUGGAGAUAGCUCUCGAACUUGUGCUUCCACCAUUCUUAUCAUCAGAUAGUUCCACACCGGUUGAUAUGAUAGAAUCUGAGUCAGCUAGUUCUCUUAUGACAAUUCCUUCGGGUCUGUUCAAUCCUGAUAAGGAACGAGUGUACAAUGCUGGUGCUGUUAGAGUUUUGAUCCGUUCACUAUUGCUCUUUACUCCCAAGGUGCAGUUAGAAUUGCUGAAUCUUAUUGAUAGGCUUGCUCGUGCUGGCCCUUUUAAUCAGGAAAGCCUCACUUCUGUAGGUUGCGUGGAGCUUUUAUUGGAGACAAUUCUCCCUUUCCUUUUGGGUUCAUCACCAUUGCUUUCAUAUGUGCUGAAGAUUGUGGAAGUUCUUGGGGCAUAUAGGUUGUCUGCAUCAGAACUUCGACUGCUUAUUAGAUACAUUCUACAAAUGAGGCUGAUGAAUUCAGGCCAUAAUCUUGUUGAGAUGAUGGAAAGAUUAGUUCUAAUGGAAGAUAUGACCUCAGAAAAUGUUUCUCUGGCACCAUUUGUUGAGAUGGACAUGAGUAAGAUUGGCCAUGCUUCGGUUCAGGUGUCUCUGGGAGAAAGAUCUUGGCCUCCAGCUGCUGGAUAUUCAUUUGUAUGUUGGUUUCAGUUCAGAAAUUUCUUGAAAUCACAAGUGAAGGAAACAGAACCUUCCAAAGUUGGCCCUUCUAAGAGGCAUAAUGGCUCUAAUGGGCAGCACAAUGAACGCCAUAUUCUUCGGAUAUUUUCUGUUGGUACAGCUAAUAAUGAAAAUGCGUUCUUUGCAGAACUUUAUCUUCGGCAGGAUGGUGUUCUAACCCUUGCAACAAGCAACUCUAGUUCUUUGUCCUUUCCUGGGUUAGAAUUGGAGGAAGGCAGGUGGCAUCACCUUGCAAUUGUUCAUAGCAAACCAAAUGCUCUUGCUGGACUAUUUCAAGCUAGUGUUGCAUAUGUAUAUCUCAAUGGAAAGCUGAGGCACACAGGGAAGCUAGGUUAUUCUCCAUCUCCUGUGGGAAAACCCUUGCAGGUGAUCAUUGGUACACCACCUAGUUGUGCAAGAGUUAGUGACUUGACAUGGAAACUCCGUUCUUGCUAUCUUUUUGAGGAGGUGCUUACCUCAGGUUGCAUAUGUUUCAUGUAUAUUCUUGGUCGGGGAUAUAGAGGGCUCUUCCAAGACUCAGAUCUUCUGCGUUUUGUCCCUAACCAGGCUUGUGGUGGUGGUAGCAUGGCGAUCUUAGAUUUGUUAGAUGCUGACUUGCCCUUGGCAAACACACAAAAGGUUGAAAGUGCUGCAAAGCCUGGGGAUUCUAAGUCUGAUGGCAGUGGGAUUGUUUGGGAUUUGGAGAGGCUAAGCAACCUUUCAUUGCAGCUCUGUGGAAAGAAACUUAUUUUUGCAUUUGAUGGAACUUGUACCGAAGCUAUUCGAGCAUCUGGGACAUUCUCCUUGCUUAAUCUGGUUGACCCUAUGUCAGCUGCUGCUUCUCCUAUUGGGGGGAUACCACGAUUCGGACGUCUUCAUGGGGAUAUCUAUGUUUGCAGGCAGUGUGUGAUUGGAGAUACAAUCCGCCCUGUUGGUGGGAUACCUGUUAUCCUGGCCCUUGUUGAAGCUUCUGAAACCAGGGAUAUGCUUCACAUGGCAUUGACUUUACUUGCCUGUGCACUUCAUCAGAAUCCCCAGAAUGUCAGAGACAUGCAAACGUGCAGGGGUUACCAUUUGCUAGCUCUAUUUCUGCGUCGUAGAAUGUCAUUAUUUGACAUGCAAUCUCUUGAGAUCUUUUUCCAAAUUGCAGCAUGUGAGGCUUCGUUUUCUGAACCAAAGAAGUUGGAAAAUACGCCAAGUACUUCAUCACCUGCAGCAACUAUGCAGGAGGCUGGAUUUGUGGAUCUUAGCUUGUCAAAAUUUCACGAUGAAACUUCUUCUAUUGGAUCUCAUGGAGAUAUGGAUGACUUUUCUGCUCAAAAAGAUUCAUUUAGUCAUAUUUCAGAGCUAGAAAAUUCUGAUUUGCCAGUUGAAACUUCAAAUUGCAUUGUCUUGUCUAAUGCAGAUAUGGUUGAACAUGUCUUGUUGGAUUGGACACUGUGGGUAACAGCUCCAGUUUCAAUUCAAAUUGCUCUUCUGGGAUUUCUUGAGCAUUUAGUGUCUAUGCACUGGUACAGGAAUCAUAACCUCACAGUUCUGCGGCGAAUUAAUCUUGUUCAACAUUUACUGGUGACUCUGCAGCGUGGUGACGUUGAAGUUUCUGUUUUGGAGAAAUUGGUUGUUUUGCUUGGAGUAAUUUUAGAAGAUGGGUUUUUGGCAUCUGAACUUGAAAAUGUGGUUAGGUUUGUGAUUAUGACUUUUGAUCCUCCUGAUCUGAAACCACGGCAUCACAUAAUGCGAGAAUCGAUGGGUAAGCAUGUAAUUGUAAGGAACAUGCUGCUGGAGAUGCUUAUUGAUCUACAAGUAACCAUCAAAUCAGAGGAGUUGCUAGAGCAGUGGCAUAAGAUUGUAUCAUCAAAAUUGAUAACAUAUUUUCUUGAUGAAGCUGUGCAUCCUACUAGUAUGAGAUGGAUCAUGACUCUUCUUGGUGUGUGUCUUGCUUCCUCUCCCACAUUUGCACUUAAAUUUCGCACCAGCGGUGGUUAUCAGGGUUUGAUGAGGGUUCUUCCAAGUUUCUAUGAUUCUCCAGAUAUUUAUUAUAUUUUGUUCUGUUUGGUAUUUGGAAAGCCUGUUUACCCUAGACUACCGGAGGUCCGCAUGCUAGAUUUUCAUGGCCUUAUACCAAGUGAUGGAAGUUAUUUGGACUUGAAAUUUGUGGAACUUUUGGAAUCUGUGAUUGCAAUGGCAAAAUCCACAUUUGAUAGGUUGAGCAUGCAGUUAAUGGUUGCUAACCAAACUGGCAAUCUCUCCCAGGUUGGUGCUAGCCUUGUAGCAGAGCUCGUUGAUGGGAAUGGAGACAUGGCAGGAGAGCUUCAGGGUGAAGCUCUGAUGCAUAAGACAUAUGCAGCCCGUUUAAUGGGUGGUGAGGCAUCAGCUCCUGCCGCUGCAACCUCUGUUCUGAGAUUUAUGGUUGAUCUGGCAAAGAUGUGUCCCCCUUUUUCUGCUGUUUGCAGAAGACUGGAAUUUCUUGAAAGUUGCAUUGAACUUUAUUUUUCUUGCAUUAGGGCAGCUUAUGCAGUGAAUAUGUCAAAAACACUCUCUGAGAAGGCAGAAGAAAAGAACUUGAAUGAUUGUGAUGACACUGGUAGUUCUCAAAAUACGUUCUCUAGUUUGCCUCAUGAACAGGAACAAUCUGCCAAGACAUCCAUUAGUGUUGGAAGCUUCCCUCAGGCACAUGUAAGUACAAGUUCUGAUGACAUGCCUGUGGCCCAAAACUAUCUGAAUGAUGAUAAAGUGGAGAUCAAAAUCACCGACUUACAUCAGGAUUUGAAAAAAUCAGUUCAAAUUGUCCAAGCUGUUGAGAACUUGGAUGGUGAUAUUGUUGACCAGGUCUCUGCCACCUCUAGCUCAAGUGAAUCAAACAUUCGAAAUAUUGAUGGCAUCAUAGAUCCUAUUCAAGUGGAAGAUUCCCAGAGUUCUGCAUCUCUCAACAUACUGGAUUCUCCCAUUAUAUCUGACAAGUCUACUUCAAGAACCCCUCUUACUUCAUCUUCAUCUCCAGCUGUUGCAUUGACAUCCUGGCUUGGAGGUGCUGGUCACAAUGAAUACAAAGCUUCCACACAAGCCACUCCUUCCAUAGAGUCCUUUGUUUCUGCUAGUGAAUAUGAUGCAUCUCCAGACUUGAGGUCUACUCAAGGUCCAUCUAAUGCAAGCUCAUCUUAUUCAGUCAGUGCGAAGCUGCUCCUUGAAAUUGAUGAUUCUGGUUAUGGGGGUGGUCCGUGUUCUGCUGGAGCUACUGCUGUUUUGGAUUUUAUGGCUGAGGUUCUUUCUGAUUUUAUCAUUGAACAGAUGAAAGCAGCACAGAUCAUAGAGGGUGUCUUAGAAAUGGCACCUUUAUAUGUUGAUGUUGAAAGUGUGUUGGUUUUCCAGGGUUUGUGUCUUAGUAGGCUGAUGAACUUUGUUGAAAGGCGUCUUUUGCGCGAUGAUGAGGAAGAUGAGAAGAAGUUAGACAAAAGUCGAUGGUCCUCAAAUUUAGAUGCAUUAUGCUGGAUGAUAGUGGAUCGUGUCUAUAUGGGUGCUUUUCCUCAACCUGCUGGUGUGUUGAAAACUCUGGAAUUUUUGUUGUCGAUGUUGCAAUUGGCAAACAAAGAUGGGCGAAUUGAAGAAGCAGCACCUGCAGGAAAGGGUCUUCUGUCUAUUACAAGAGGAAGCAGGCAACUUGAGGCUUAUAUACAUUCACUUCUCAAGAACACAAAUCGUAUGAUAUUGUAUUGUUUUCUGCCAACUUUCCUGGCCACUAUCGGAGAAGAUGAUCUCCUUUUAUGCUUAGGUUUGCAUAUUGAACCCAGGAAGAGAUUAUCCCCUAAUGCUUCACAAGAAGAUUCAGGAAUUGACAUCUGCACAGUUCUACAGUUAUUAGUUGCUCACAGGAGAAUUAUAUUCUGUCCCACCAAUCUUGAUACUGAUUUAAAUUGCUGUCUUUGUGUAAAUCUAGUAUAUCUUCUCCAUGACCAAAGGCGAAAUGUUCAAAAUGUGGCUGUUGAUAUUGUCAAGUAUCUAUUGGUGCAUCGAAGGGCUGCACUAGAAGACUUGCUUGUCUGCAAACCAAACCAAGGACAGCAUAUGGAUGUACUACAUGGUGGUUUUGACAGAUUAUUGACCGGAAGUCUAUCUGCUUUCUUUGAGUGGUUUCAGAAUUCCGAACAGAUGGUUAACAAAGUGUUGGAACAAUGUGCAGCUAUUAUGUGGCACCAGUAUAUUGCUGGAUCAGCAAAAUUUCCAGGGGUGAGAACAAAAGGUGUUGAGGGUCGUCGUAAGAGGGAAAUGGGGAGAAGGUCACGAGACAUUUUGAAGCUAGAUCUUCGACAUUGGGAACAGGUAACUGAACGGAGAUAUGCAUUGGAAAUGGUUCGUGAUGCAAUGUCUACUGAGUUGAGAGUUGUCCGCCAAGAUAAAUAUGGAUGGGUUCUCCACGCUGAAAGUGAGUGGCAAACCCUUCUUCAACAACUUGUACAUGAGAGGGGAAUAUUCCCAAUGCGUAAAUCUUCUGCAACUGAAGAACCUGAGUGGCAGCUUUGUCCCAUUGAAGGUCCAUAUAGGAUGCGCAAAAAGCUUGAGCGCUGCAAAUUGAGGAUUGAAAGUAUCCAAAAUGUUCUCAAUGGAGAGUUUGAAUUAGAAGAAGUAGAGUUGUCCAAAGGAAAACAUGAGGAUGGUCCUGAUGCAUCUGAUACUGACUCUGAACUCUUUUUAAAUCUUGCGACUGACAAUGCUAAACAAAAUGGUGUUGAUGAUGAGAUGUAUGGUGAGUUUUUUAAAGAACCAAAUGAUGCCAAAGGUGUAUCUUCUGUUAAGAGUGGUUGUAAUGAUGAUAGAGCUAGCAGUAUGAAUGAUGCAAGUCUUCACUCUGCUCUCGAGUUUGGUGUCAAGUCUAGUACCGUGUCUGCCCCAGUGUCAGAAAGCAUGCAUGCAAGAUCUGAUCUAGGAUCUCCAAGGCAAUCUUCUUCUAACAAAAUUGAUGAUGUCAAAGUCACAGAUGAUAAAUCAGAGAAGGAACUGAAUGAUAAUGGUGAAUAUCUGAUUAGACCAUAUCUGGAACCUCUUGAAAAGAUACGAUUCAAAUAUAACUGUGAACGAGUUGUGGGUCUGGACAAACUUGAUGGUAUAUUUUUGAUUGGGGAACUCUGUUUGUAUGUAAUUGAGAAUUUUUACAUUGAUGAUUCUGGGUGCAUUUGUGAAAAAGAAUGCGAAGAUGAACUCUCUGUUAUUGAUCAGGCCUUGGGCGUCAAGAAGGAUGUUACUGGCAGUAUGGAUUUCCAGUCCAAGUCAACUUCAUCCUGGAACACACUGGUAAAAACAUGUGGUGGGGGAAGAGCAUGGGCCUACAAUGGUGGUGCAUGGGGCAAGGAGAAAGUAUGUAGUAGUGGUAAUUUACCUCAUCCUUGGAAUAUGUGGAAGCUUGAUAGUGUUCAUGAGAUUUUAAAACGGGAUUACCAGCUUCGUCCUGUUGCUAUUGAGAUAUUUAGCAUGGAUGGGUGUAAUGAUCUUUUGGUGUUCCACAAAAAAGAGAGAGAAGAAGUGUUCAAAAAUCUGGUUGCCAUGAAUCUUCCAAGGAAUAGUAUGUUGGACACUACAAUUUCUGGUUCAACUAAACAAGAAAGUAACGAGGGAAGUCGUUUGUUUAAGUUGAUGGCUAAAUCCUUCUCAAGAAGGUGGCAAAAUGGAGAAAUUAGCAAUUUCCAAUACCUCAUGCAUCUUAACACAUUGGCUGGUCGUGGAUACAGUGAUCUCACCCAAUAUCCAGUGUUUCCAUGGGUUCUGGCAGAUUAUGAGAGUGAAACUCUGGAUUUGUCCAAUCCUAAAACAUUUCGUAAGCUUGAAAAACCAAUGGGAUGCCAGACACCAGAGGGGGAAGAGGAAUUUAAGAAAAGAUAUGAGAGCUGGGAUGAUCCAGAGGUUCCAAAAUUUCAUUACGGUUCUCAUUAUUCUAGUGCUGGAAUCGUCCUAUUCUAUCUUCUACGCCUGCCACCAUUUAGUGUGGAGAAUCAGAAGCUGCAGGGUGGGCAAUUUGAUCAUGCUGAUCGUCUUUUCAAUGGCAUUAGAGAAACUUGGUUAAGUGCAGCUGGGAAGGGUAACACAUCUGAUGUGAAGGAAUUGAUUCCAGAAUUCUUCUACAUGCCAGAAUUUCUUGUAAAUAGGUUUAAACUUGACUUGGGAGAGAAACAAUCCGGAGAGAAGGUUGGUGAUGUCUUCUUGCCUCCUUGGGCCAAAGGCAGUGCCAGAGAAUUUAUUAGGAAACAUAGGGCAGCCUUGGAAUCUGAUUAUGUUUCAGAAAAUCUGCAUCAUUGGAUAGACCUCAUAUUCGGAUAUAAACAGAGAGGGAAGGCAGCUGAAGAAGCCAUCAAUGUUUUCUAUCAUUACACAUAUGAGGGGAGUGUGGACAUAGACUCAGUUACUGAUCCUGCAAUGAAAGCCUCCAUUCUAGCACAAAUCAACCACUUUGGGCAGACACCCAAGCAACUGUUCCUCAAACCCCAUGUGAAAAGGCGGUCUGACAGAAGGCUUCCUCUUCAUCCUCUCAAGUAUUCUUCCCAUCUUGUCCCACAUGAAAUACGCAAGACCUCAUCAGCCAUAACUCAGAUUGUUACUUUCCAUGAGAAAAUUCUUGUGGCAGGGACAAACAGUUUACUUAAACCUAGAACGUAUACCAAAUAUGUGGCAUGGGGAUUUCCAGACCGGAGCUUGAGAUUUAUGAGCUAUGACCAGGACAAACUCCUUUCAACACAUGAAAAUCUUCAUGGGGGUAACCAGAUUCAGUGUACAGGUCUUAGCCAUGAUGGUCAAAUGUUGGUUACGGGCGCUGAUGAUGGGUUAAUUUCUGUUUGGAGAGUUGGCAAGGAUGGUCCCCGAGUUUUACAGCAUUUGCAAUUAGAGAAGGCGCUUUGUGGUCACACUGGAAAAAUCACAUGCCUUCAUGUUAGCCAGCCUUACAUGCUGAUAGUGAGUGGAUCUGAUGACUGCACUGUUAUCGUGUGGGAUCUCAGCUCCUUGGUUUUUGUUAGGCAGUUACCAGAGUUUCCAUUGCCAGUUUCAGCAAUAUACGUGAAUGACUUGACUGGGGAGAUUGUGACGGCUGCUGGAAUAAUGCUUGCUGUUUGGAGCAUCAAUGGGGAUUGCCUUGCAGUGAUUAACACAUCCCAAUUGCCAUCUGAUUCUAUUCUUUCAGUGACAAGCUGUACAUUUUCAGAUUGGAUGGACACAAACUGGUAUGUGACAGGUCACCAGAGUGGGGCUGUUAAGGUGUGGCAAAUGAUUCACUGCUCCACCCAAGAGAGUGCUCAAAGUAAAUCAAACAGCAAUCCAACGAUUGGGCUGAAUUUAGGUGAUAAUGUACCGGAGUACAGGUUGGUGCUUCACAAGGUGUUGAAGUUUCAUAAACAUCCUGUUACUGCCCUUUACCUCACGAGUGACCUGAAGCAGUUGUUGAGUGGGGAUUCUGGUGGGCAUUUGCUCUCUUGGACACUACCAGAUGAGAGCUUGAGGACUUCUUUUAAUCAUGGGUGAGAAAGGGAAAUAGCAGUUAAAGUGUGAUAAUUUAAGUUCUUUGAAAUCCUGUGGGAUUUGCCAGUUGAUUCUUGGAGAGGAAAGAUUGAAUAUGUUCAUGAUGCUUCAACAAGGCGACAGGGCUGGCCUGAGAUUGACGAAGUACAAGAAGUAAGGACGAGACAGACAAAAACUGCCUGAUAAAAAUUUUUAGGACAUUUUGAGAAGCAAUACCUCGACUCAUGUGCUUGGCCGCCCUAGCUUCUGUUGAGACGCCAAAAGCAGAAGGCAUACUUGUAUUUUUGGGUGCUUGGUGGAGGACAUUUUUUGGUUUUGCACGAGAGAACAUCCAUCAACUGGUUUUUUGAAUGUGCACAGAUGGAAUUACUAACAGUGUGUAUUGAAGUUGUAUAGAGGGAAACUGUGCCAGGAACAGAGCAUUGCUCCAAAUCAUCUGGCCAGUCGAACAAUGGACGGUUAUUUGGUCCAGUCUAUUCCCUUUGGGUAAAAUUCUUUUUGCAUAGUGCAGUUGGGCAGGCACUGCCCAUUCUUCUUGUCAAAUGUACGCUUUCUUCUUUUGUUACUCAGAUAGCCCUUUAUUUCAAAGGAUAUUUUGAGUAACUAUUCAAACUUCUAUCUAUAUGCUCAGCUUUUAUGAUUAAAGGAUAUACAAGGCUGGGUUGUUUUUUUUUU